UGAAUACCCGUCAGAAACCGCCUGAAGCUCAUUAAUGUAAGACUUACGAUUCUCAAUCACUCUCUUCAUACCUCAGCGACGUUGAUAGUCAAAGUUUCUAGAGGUAUUACAUAAACCUGUUCGGAAUCCUAUAACCCGCAUCGAUCCCUCGUCAUGGCUACUGCGCAAACACCACUCAAGAUCGGAUAUGUCCCCGAACAUUUCUCUACCCCUCUUCACUUCGCGCAAAAGUAUUUCGGUCUCGAUGCUGAAUUGAUCCCAUUCCCAUCUGGCACAGGGCAUAUGAUCACAUCGAUACGAUCAGGGGAAAUUGAUGUAGGGAUUGGUCUUACUGAAGGAUGGGUAGCUGGGUUGGGCAAAUCGGAUCUGGAAGGCGAUGGAGGGUAUAAAAUCGUUGGUACUUAUGUCGAAACACCAUUGUGUAUGUCCUUCCCUUCUUUAGGCACGUAUGUUGAUAUUGCGAGGACGGCGGGUUAAUUGAAUGAAAAUAGGCUGGGCAAUCUCUACGGGCGCAAAUAGACCUCUGAAUGGCGUCGCAGAUCUUAAGAACGGCAAAAUCGGUGUUUCGAGGAUAGGAAGCGGGAGCUAUGUGAUGGGUUUCGUUCUCGCCGAUGAGCAAGGCUGGCUCAAUGAAAGCCAAUCGUCCGAAGGGCCUUUCGAAGUCGUCCCCUUACAGACAUUCGAGAAGUUGCGCAAUGGUGUGAACGACAGUACAGUGGAUUUCUUCAUGUGGGAACACUUUACUUCGAAACGAUAUUACGAUAGUGGAGAGAUCAAACGAAUCGGAGAAAUAUAUACACCAUGGAGCAGUUGGAAGAUUGUUGCCAGCACAAAUGUAUUACAAGAUUCAGAUGAUAAGAGGUUGAAUGACAUGUUUGAGAAGAUCGACAAAGGUGUCAAGUAUUUUGAAAAGAAUCAGGAUGAGGCAGUGAAAUACAUUAGUACUUCGUUAGAUUAUAGCGAAGAGGAUGCAAAGGAAUGGUUAAAGACAGUCAAGUUUGCAAGUAGCACAAAGAAAGUGGAUGUGGCAGUUAUCCAGAAAACUGUAGCUACUCUGCAGAAGGCCAAAGUGCUGGGAGACGAUGGUAUGUCACCAGAACAGAUGAUCACCCAAUAAAUCGCACAGGACCUUCGAGGGUGUAGCUCUAGUCCGGAAAUGAAGUCAAGACAUCCAUAACAACCAAGUCAUCAAUUUUCAUGAUGUCGCAUGGUCACUUGAGGACAGCGAAUACUCCCACGGUUACAUUUCCCAGACUAUUAUGCCCUGUUCCUGCUGUAUGUUUUAAUAAACUGUAAAGAAACCAAGUCUUAUUCAUAACACCAUCUGGAAUAUGUACUACAAGGAUACAU